CAGGCUCGAGCCUUUUCUUUUGACUCACUGCAAUUAUCAGAACAAUUUCCGCGAAUAUCAACAAAAUUGUAUUCGUUUCUGCUAUGCGACUUCGCGAUGCGAUUCUACCUUUAAUGGCAAGAAUAUGGUUGAACCAUGCUUCAUAUAUCAGUCCUCCGAGAGUGCUUCGAUGAGUCUGUGCGUCGGAAGGACCGUGCACAGGCACGUGCGCCGAGCAGGAAAACCGGCUAAACUUGAUCAUGGGCUCACGCAAGACAUCCACCCUUUGACACCGCACAACAUCGGUAUCAUGGCAACAAACCAACCAACGAACAAAAGCUUGGCGAUUGUCGGGUCUGGAGCCGACACGGCCAUAGGAAACCUGAUAUACAGGUUCAGAGGCAUAGAUUUGCCCAUGCUCGCAAAGCUGCAGGAGAAGGGCAUUAAUACCUACGACCAUGCCGUAAAAGAACUGAGGGACUUGAAUGAAGAGCUGUACUUCUAUACCCCAAGCCACAGAGUCACUGUGAAUGAUCAGAUCUCGACUGUCGAUGGCUUUCUUCUCGUCAUAACACCGCCUCCUCAAGCAUCAAAUACAUAUUUCUCUUCGAAUACGGUCAAUCGGCUGAAGGAAUCAGCGCCGCUUUUCGCGCAAAAGAAGGCGGUCGUUUUGAUAAGAACCCCUGAGAAUCGUGACUAGUCGGAGAGAAUGUACAAUGAUUCGGUCCAAAAUGUUAAAUCGGAACUUCAGCGUCUUGAAAUUGCGACUGGGAGGUAAGAUAUUGAUUUCCCGAAGUUGGAAAAUUUCUCAUACAGCACAGUAUUCACCUGAUCCCAAGCAAUCAUCAGGAUGAGAAUUUUAUUGGACUCUCUUCCAAAACCCCCUGGUACACCAACGCUAC